AUGAACUGGACAGGAGGCCGUCUCCACCGGCAUUCCACCGCCAACGCCCCCAAACACAAAAGACAAGCCGUUAGAAAACCAUCUCAAGGUCCACAACAAGUGACUCUAUUCCACAACUUUACGCAAACCAAGGCCCUAGCUCCUGAUGAGCAGGCACCGAACGUCAGGGACAAUCAAACCGGUCAUCAAAAGCAGUCCCCUUCGAUCUUAACAUCCUUGUCACCAAACCAUCAAUCCCCGAAAGACUCCACUCGUCUAGAGCGUAUCAAACGUCAACUCCUGGCAAAGCCAGAUUGGGCCGCAGUCUCCGCUGCGCGUCCAUUAAAGAUAACCUUCCCGCAACUGGAAGAGCUGGCGCAAUUUGGCAAGAGACGGAGACUAACAGAAGUGGACCGGAGGAGGUUGGAUAAAUCCAAUAGCCAAGUGUCCUACGGGGAGAGAUCGCUCUUUCGUCGGGGAUUCCGGAAGAAUGAAACGUCGUCGGAAGCAGGGACUAUUGAUGGUCUGGAGAUUAGGAUUAAUGGGAAGAAGGCGGGUGUUGAUCAGGUGCCUACAUUUGAGGAUAUCCAGAAGAGCAAUCUAUCAUCGCAGCAAUGCUGUUGGAUCGUGAGGAGAUUGUUCCUCGGGGACUGUCAAGUGCAUCAAUGGUAUCAAAUAUGA